AUGGCGAUAUGGCCCUUUGGUCGCAAGAACAAGCGGCAUACAAUCCAGCUGGGUGCACCUGAAACCGCCGACUCUCGUCUGUCGCACGAAGUGGCCCCUGGGUCGGUUCCCGGCUUCGAGGCGGACUUGGGCGGAGCCCCGUCCCGUAAAUCAUCUAAACGUCAAAAAAACCGUCACUCCCAUCCCGUCGAAGAUAUCUCGAGUCUAAACGAUGCCAUACCCGAACGACUGCCUUCAAGGAAGGGAGUUCGAGAUCCAUCUCUUCGAAAGGACCGUCGUGUCGAUGUCUACACCUCCCACUCGAGCGUGGGCCAAGAUCAGCCAGCCAUGUCUCGAACCCCGUCGUUAUUACGGAAGCGUAACGAGAACGGUCCAGCCGUGUUGAAGAAACGGCUAAGCAAGCGGAAGGCUCAUGAGAUUGCCCGUGAACAAGAAAUUCGGAUGAUGGUCUCUUCUCCGAUCGAUAUUCCUCGUCGUCGGACAGACCAGUUCCUGGAUGCAAAGCCAAAACCAAAGCGAGGGCAAAAGGCCCUCCGUAAUAAACGUUCGGACCGCCAGCUCUCAGAGGCCAGCCUUUCCAUCCGUAACUCUCUGGCGUCUUCGUUAUCUGACAUCUCAGAAUCAAACACUUUCAAGGUCAAUGCAUUCGCUGCUUGGACCCCAAGGCCCGCCAUCCGCUAUGUCGAACCGCCUCGACUUGCAACGGCCCGGAGUCAGAAUGCAUCUGCGGCAUCUACCCGCAGGGAGAGGUUACCUGCUCUGACCAUGUCGGAGGAGAACUUGCAUUCGAGGAAGCGGAUUGACCGAUUAGCGGAUAAUCUCGACGCCGGCGGUCUACGAGAACUUCUCGAGAGAGACCGCCGCCGUAAAGAGAGAAAGCACAUCGAGGAUCAUGAGAAGCUCCACCGCAAAUUGCGAGAUAGUGCUGAACAACAGCAGUUGGAGGAAGCACGUGCUCAACUCCAGGAUCACGCGGGCGAGAUCCAGCCAGAUGCUGAAGUCUACGCUGAACCAGAACCUAUUGAAGAAGAAACCGCCCUGGACACUGAAUCAAAAGAUUUUGUGCCUAAUACUCUGCCGGGUACUUGGUUGCGGGAUGGUUCCAAAUCCAAGGAGACCGUACGAAGCCGCGAAUCUUUGGAGAGCGUUCGCGUCAUUGGCAACAUUGACGAUAGCUCUAUCCGGGGGCAGAAACUGGGCCCACGCCGCAGCUUUGCUCCAUCCCAAGAAAUGGGAAUGUCUCAGAGUACCCUAUCACCGUCUCACUCCCCGUCGAGACAUGGUCUCGGCAGUCCAACAUCCUCGCAAAUAUAUGGAAUGACCCGGGAUUCUACCUCGGACGUUUCUAGAACUAUCGACUCUGAACGACGUCUGUCCGACCAGAGCGGCAGACGCAUCAACACAUUAUCCUCUUUCUUCCGACGCGGUAGCCACCGUCUCAAGAGAAGCUAUCGUGAACGGUUCCAGGACCAGACCUCGGAUCUCUCAAAUGCCUCUCACGAGUCCUUUUCUAGGAUUCCCACCCAAUCAUCGGGGCCACCGCCCUAUGUUCCUCCCAAGAGCUUCCUUCGGGCUGGCACAAUUCAGCGCUCCCAAUCUAAAUUCACCGAACAUUUCGGUGACGAGCCUCUUUCUCCACCGGAUUCUCGCCUUCAAUCACCAGACAUUCCCGAGGAGCCCACUGACCGCUCUGCUGAUCUUUCUGGGAUGGAGAACGAGGGAACCUCUCAUUCGGUUGUCGGUGCUCGUCCAAUUCCGGGUGCCCUGACGGAAGAGAACUUGAACGAUGAUGACAAUAUACCUUUGUCUCAAUCCCUUGCGUCGAUUGACUCGGAAGGAUCAUGGAUGUCAGGUCAAUUCCUUCGUCGUAUUUCCCAGAGAAACAACAAUAACCCAACUCGACGAAGCCAGUGCUCCUCGCCGACCAAGUUGCAAGAAGAGGUUGAGGAGUCGGCUCUAGAAAACGGCGUUUCUGGGAACGAUUACGAUGCCCGAGCCAGUCACCAGGACCGAGAGAGCAUGGCAGUCGUUCUGCCCGAGCAAGAAGAGGAGGAAACCUGGCAUGACCAGAUUGCCAGACGACCCGUACUGGUGAACCCGACGAUUCGGCCCAAGUCGAAUGAGGGACUUCUCAACAGAAUCCAGUCCUUUUCUGCCGAGGAAGAAUUCAGCCCCAUAGAGGAGCACUCUGCCGAG